GGUAUAUAAACGGUAUACGCAGGAAGAGGCGCGCAUUGGUCGGCACAAGCAGCGCUCAGUAAGAUGUCUCACGGCUGGGGGUAUGGAUCGCACAAUGGCCCUGACCAGUGGUCAAAGGACUAUCCUUUGGCCAGUGGACCCAGGCAGUCUCCCAUUGACAUUGUACCUGGCCAGGCACAGUACGACGCAGCACUAAAGCCGCUUGCCGUCAAGUACGAUGCAAGCACAUGCAAAGGGAUUCUGAACAAUGGCCAUUCCUUCCAGGUGGACUUUGCUGAUGACACUGACAGCUCUGCAGUUACUGGGGGACCUCUUUCUGGCACAUACCGACUGCGACAGUUCCACUUCCACUGGGGUGCCAGCGAUGACAAGGGCUCUGAGCACACUGUGGGAGGGACCAAAUAUGCCUGCGAGCUCCACCUGGUUCACUGGAACACUAAGUACCCCAGCUUCAGUGACGCCGCCACCAAACCUGAUGGACUUGCUGUUUUGGGAGUUUUCCUCAAGGUGGGAGCAGCUAACCCCCAACUGCAGAAAGUGCUUGACGUUCUGGAUGCCAUCAAGUGCAAGGGGAAGCAGACAACAUUUUCAAACUUUGACCCCAAAGUCCUGCUCCCUCCCUGUCUGGACUACUGGACAUACGAGGGGUCUCUGACCACACCCCCUCUGUUGGAGAGCGUCACGUGGAUCGUGCUGAAGCAGCCCAUCAGCGUGAGCUCCGCACAGAUGGCGAAGUUCCGCAGUUUGCUGUUCAGUGCUGAAGGGGAGCCUCCAUGCUUCAUGGUGAAUAACUACCGCCCGCCGCAACCCCUCAAAGGCCGCAAGGUUCGGGCCUCCUUCAAGUGAGGAAACUCUGGUCCAACAUCUUCCCAGUUGCUCCCAGCACCUCCCUCCAUUCCCAAUCCCCUGAGCUGUCUCUGAGAUUUGCCAUGUGUAGUUUUUGCAAUUUUAGAAUAAAUUAAUCUGUAACCUCUGGUGGCCAGUUUCAAGACCUCAGGAAAAAAAAGUCACUCAGAAGGCCUUGUGGCCAACACCAACCUAUGCAUCUGCAGUACUGCCGUUCUCGAGCUUACUUUAGCCUCAUGUCCUGCAAAAUGUGGGCAAAUAUUUUUUGUUUUCUUUCAGACAUUAUGCUAUUAUCUAGAAUCUGAUUGCUAAAUUAGUGUAUCCACUCUCAAGAAAAACUAAUUUUCUGUGUAUGUUAUGUAAGGUUUUGCUGUGCAUUUGAAAGCCAUGCAUUGUCUAACAGAGAAUAGGAAUUGUUUGCUACCAAUGAAAUUUAAGCAUAGAAGUGCUACAUCUUACUAGAUUAUCCUGCAGAAAAAUUUGCAUCCAUAAAAAUAAAGGGACCAAUGGAAUAAUAUUUUAAGUGAUUUUUUUUAGCUUUUUAAAUGAGUAAAAAAAGAACUUAAGAAAUCUUGUAUUCAUAUUAUGUUUUAAUAAGCCUUAUUAAACAAUAUUAUUGUUAGAUCACUCUGGGUGU